AUGACAGGGGAAAGACAACCAUCCUCGACCGCAUUGCUGAAAGUGGAAAACCAGAUUCGUAUUUACUGCUUUCUCUGUGAACUACCACGAAGCCCCUGGGCACUUGUCUUCGAUUUCUCCGUCCCUGUCUGUCGAGGCUGCGUAAACUAUGAGGGUGCUGAUCGAAUUGAACAGGUCAUUCGAUGGGUGGGAGCACAAAAACAUGCUCUUUUACGAAGCGAAGAAAAGUCAAAGGGCAUGAAGGCCCAACCUUUUCUGUCAAACCAUUAUCCAGCUAUUAUUGCGCUCUAUAUGGAGGCUAUGAGAUUUCUACAACAAAAUCAGAUUAAUAACAACCAUCAGCAGAGACAACAACAAAAGCGCAAUAAUCAGCGAGAGUUCAAAUUUCCUGCUCCAGUUCGAUCAAUAGGUCAGUCUUCAUUAAGGUCAGCAUUAUGUGUGGGUCUUUCCCACGACACUACCUGCUCCGUCCGAGAUCGGCUCUUUUUCGAGUACCCUGCGGCUUCAGGCAAGCUGAUAAGAGGUGUGUCCAAGUUGCUGGAGAGGAUGGAUGCAACGGAAGCGGAGAUGGAGAUCGAGGCUCAACGGGGAUGUUGGUGCAAGCUAGAAGAAGCGGUAUCGUACCUCCAAGACGAGUGGAUUCAAGCCCAUUGUUUAACUUGCGGUACCGCGUUGGAAGGAAGCCAUUUCGUCCAAUGUCCGGUGCGUUCGCAGCACCGAUUUUGUUUUGCCUGUGCCAAGGCUGCUUUAUUGGGUGCAGAGGAGAAAAACAAUAGAAAGGAGGAGAAAACGAAGGAAAAACGUAGACUCUUCCAUUGCCCUAGUGGAGAGAUGUGUGCACUACCGGAGAGCCCCGGUGUCCCAUGGAGCUUUGUGGAAUCGGAGAUCGCAGUGAUUCUAGGGAGUGCUGGAGUGAGCGCUAGUUGUGGCAGUGUUGGCAGGAGGCGUCAUGCAACAAUGUUGCUGAAUUUGAAGCAGCAUCAGCAUCAGUCACGGAGACAAACUUCGGGAGCAAAGCUGAGAAGGAUUGAAUCACCCAAUGCGCCGGCGAUUGCGUGA